AUGAGAGAAAAUCAGACAUGGGUCACAGAAUUCAUUCUCCUGGGAUUCCCAAUCAGUCCAAAGAUGCAGAUGCUCCUCUUUGGAUUAUUCUCCCUAUCCUAUGCCUUCACUCUGCUGGGGAACGGGGUCAUACUGGGACUCAUAUGGCUGGACUCCAGACUGCACACCCCCAUGUACUUCUUCCUCUCACAUCUGUCCAUUGUUGAUAUUUCAUAUGCCUCCAACAAUGUCCCUAAGAUGCUGGCAAACUUUGUGAACGAGAAGAAAACUAUCUCCUUUGUGCCAUGUGUAAUGCAGACCUUUUUAUACAUGGCUUUUGCUCACCCUGAGUGCCUUGUCUUGGUUGUGAUGUCCUAUGAUCGGUACGUGGCAAUCUGCCACCCCCUACAGUACUCUGUCAUCAUGAGCUGGAGAAUCUGCACUGUGCAGGCUGUCACUUCCUGGGUAUGUGGCUCCCUCCUGGCCCUGGUCCAUGUGGUCCUCAUCCUGAGGCUGCCCUUCUGUGGGCCUCAAGAAGUGAAUCACUUCUUCUGUGAAAUCCUGUCUAUCCUCAAGCUGGCCUGUGUGGACACGAGGCUCAACCUACUCGUCAUCUUUGCUGCUUCGGUAUUUAUCUUAGUGGGACCCCUCUGCUUGGUGCUGGUUUCCUACACUCACAUCCUUAUUGCCAUCCUGAGGAUCCAGUCCAGGGAGGGACGCAGAAAAGCCUUCUCCACCUGCUCCUCCCACCUCUGUGUGGUUGGGCUCUUCUUUGGCAGCGCCAUCGUCAUGUACAUGGCCCCCAAGUCCCGCCACCCUGAGGAGCAGCAGAAGAUCCUUUCCCUGUUUUACAGCCUUUUCAACCCUAUGCUGAACCCCCUCAUCUACAGCCUAAGGAAUGCAGAAGUGAAGGGCGCCCUGAGGAGAGUGCUGUGGAGACAGAGAUCAAUGUGA